CGGACGCGCGCACGCCGCCGUUCUUGUCGGUGGGAGGGCGACCGCUCCGGCUGUCGCUGGGGGCGGGGCUGUAGGGGAAGGUACUAAAGCCGCUGAGGUAAGUGGCUUGAGAGUUGAAGGACUUUUAGGAGCUUGUGAAAAUGGAGCUACCCCUGAGAUCCUACCUGCAGAGUGUAGGAAAAUGGAGAAGGGAAGUCAGAAUUCUGCUAGAGGAAAUGGCUGCCUCUUCAUCGUCCUCCUCAGCUGGUGGGGUCAGUGGAAGUUCUGUCUCUGGAUCUGGGUUCAGUGUCUCAGACCUCGCCCCACCCCGGAAAGCGCUUUUCAACUACCCCAAAGGAGCUGGGGAGAUGCUGGAAGUCUCACUAUGUUGUCCAGGAUUGCCUCAAAAUCAAUACAUAGCCUAUGUUGGCCUUGAACUCACAGAUCCUCCUGCCGCAGCCUCCCAACUGCUAGGAUUACAGGUGUGCACAACCACAGCAGAUGGCUCUGAAAGAUUCCUCUGUGAGUCCGUGUUCAGUUACCAGGUGGCGUCCACGCUUAAACAGGUGAAGCACGAUCAGCAAGUUGCUCGGAUGGAAAAACUAGCCGGUUUGGUAGAAGAACUGGAGGCCGACGAGUGGCGGUUUAAACCCAUCGAGCAGCUGCUGGGGUUCACACCCUCUUCAGGAUGACGUCACCUGGAUGGUCCCCGCUGGGCACAGCCAGUGCAGAGCCGCAAAGGACUUCCUUAUUGCUUGCACAGGCACCUAGAGAUUCCCAGCUGCAUUGCCGAACUGCUGACUUAACUCCUUACUGGUUUCUCUGUAUCUGUCCACAGGCAACAAAUGCUUAAAUGUGUGAUCUUGCUGGGAAAGUUUUUGUUUAUUUGUCUGAAAAAGUAUUGGGAAUCACAUUAAGACAGUUGGUUUUACAGAAUUAGGAAAUUUGGUUCAAGAGAUACUUAUUGGGCUGGGUAUGUAGCUCAUUAAUAAAAGUGCUUGCCUGUCAUGCUUAAGGCUCUGGGUUCAGUCUCCAGCACCACAAAACAAACUGUGUAUAUGCAUGUGUCUUGAGACAAGGUUCAUUUUGUAGUUCAGGUUGGCCUUGAACUCACUGUAUAGCCCAGCCUGACCUUGAAGUCACUGCAAUUCUUCUGCCUCAUCCUCCAGAGUGCUGGGAUUACAAGUGUGUGUGUGUCACCAUGCCCAGCCAGAAAAAAAAUUGUUUUACAAAGUGAUACACAGUUUUCAAAAGGUAAGUAGGACACAUGCCAGAAUUGUAUAUGUUCUGUCAUUCAUACAAUGCCUGGAAAUUUGAACCAGUCAAGUCCAAGGUCAGCAUCUAAAGUUACACAUUUCUGACCUAACAUUUCUUUUUAUACAUCAGCAUGAUUUUAACUCAGGACCUGUCCAAAUGAGAAAUUUUUAAAUGUUCAUUUUGUUCCCCCUUUUAGAUAUCUAAUUCUAUAGAUUCUUUUUCUAACCUCUUCUAGAUAUACCAAAUGCUGACAAAAGAAAAACCCUGCAUUUUGAAUGUUUCAUGUUGCAGCAGCUAUAAAAUAAAGCAGCAAGCAAAAUCCUUUUACACACGGAAUUCCAAUGUUCAGCGCAUUGGUGGACUCAAGCAAUUCUGUAGCGAAUAAAUCCUCUGAAAGAUCUCCAAA